GCCUCCACCGUCGUCGCGACCACCGACAUCAUCCACUUCCUCUACGCCGCCGACUCCUACAGCGACAUCCAGGGCGCCGGCAGCGGCUACUCCCAGGGCUUCACCCUGACCGACGACGACGGCAACACCAUCUACAGCAACGCCGACCCCGGCGGCUACGCGCCCUGCAUGGACAACAGUGAGAAGGUGCAGUACACCUCCGACUGUUUCACGGGCACCUGGACCUUCGGCUGCGAGUCCGCCUUCGACGGCAGCCCCAAGCUCUGCAGCGCCUACGACCCCGACGGCACCGCCUACCCCGGCAAGGCCAAGGAGUCCCUCGACUUCAUCGGCAUCAGCGCCGGCAUCACCGGCACCUGCAGUGGCGAGGUUACC